ACACACACAUAUGUCCUCGAAUCUGAGCUGCUUUGAGCCACACCGUUUCAUCUGGCACUAUCAGGGCUGAUGAGAGCCUCUCGUCUUUCUGUGUCUGCUGCAGCUGUUGUGUGAUGAAGAAAUGCUGUGAAGGCAUGUGUGGGCCUCAACUACAGUCCAGUUGAAUUUUAAGGUUUCAUGAUUCUGUAAAGCCACCAUGGACAUAAAGACAUCAUAGAAGCGGACUGAAUGCGAGCCCCACCUCUCUGACUCUCUCAAACUCAGGCCAAACUCAGGUUUUAUCAUCAUGAUAUCCACAUGGGUGUCAGUGAUUGUCACGCUGGUGGCGUUUGUGAAUGGAGCGAGAAAUGACGAUGUCAUGCUGCCGUGUGCGACGGUCCAGACGUCCAGCUCGGUGGUGCGUUUGGGGUCACCAGUCACAGCCACAUGUGUCAUCAGAGACAGCUGCCCUCAGGUUAUUGGACAAAAUGUUCGUAUAGAGUGGCGCCUCGGCAAUGGCUUCCUCCCCAGCAGCUCCGUGGCCAAUGAAAGCAGCAGGAUAUCUGAGGUUGUUAUACCGAGCUUCAAUCACACCAGGGAGUUCCUCACCUGCUGUGUCCAUGCCUCUACAACUCAAGUAGUUGGAGGAGUGGAGAUCAGAGCUGGAUAUCCACCACAAGCACCACAGAACCUCAGCUGUCAGACAAACCUCACCAACCCGAACACCCUGACCUGUAGCUGGGCCCCUGGGCAACAGGAGACCCACCUGCCUACAAAGUACACCCUUCACACCGAGAUUCGGGAUUCUAACGAGAACAACACUUACAAGCUGCUGCCAGGAAUCCACCACUAUACAAUCCCUCGCUCCGGCUUUGUUCUCUUCUCAGAUAUUGAAAUAUAUGUGAAGGCAGUGAAUGAACUUGGAGUAGCAACCUCAGCGCCUGUCAUUUUGGAACCCAUCAGUGCAGCUAAGUUUGACCGACCAGCGAUUCUGAGGAUUCAUGCGGUGCCCAAAAGGUACAACUGCCUAAAGCUGAGCUGGAGCUUAUCUCAACAGCAGGCCUGGAUGCAUGACUACCGACUGAAUCUUGAAGUCCGGCUUAAGACGGCUGACAGCAGCCAAUGGAAUGACCCACCAAUCCAAGUGAUCCGGAGUAGACAAACAAGAUCUCUGGACCUGUGCCGUCUCCUCCAUGGGACUAAGUAUCUCGCCCAGAUCAGAGUCAGAUACCAGCAGAGCCCCUGGAGUGAAUGGAGCCGCAGCCAGUCUGGAGUCACCUUGGAGAGUGCUCCCACUGGACGUUUAGACUCCUGGAUGAAGGUAUCAGGGGAUCACAUGCACAAGCAACUCAGCAUACACUUGUUUUGGAAGCCAUCAAAACAAUUCCGUGCCAACAGCCAAAAUGUGUCAUACAUUGUGUCAGUGAAGACGCUGCCAGGUGAAAAGGGAAAGGUGUGCUCAACAAAAGAGAAUUACUGUACAUUCCAGCUUCCUGGGAGAGCAAAGAGACUGUAUCUGAGUGCUGUGAAUGCCGCAGGGAGAUCCUCCCCCACUGAAGUUCAGAUUUACCUACCUAAAGCUCAAACAGUGAUAUCAGAUGUCGCAGUUAUUCCCCAUGAUGACAGAUCCCUACUGGUCCAGUGGAAAAGCCUUUCCUCUCCCGGUCUCUCAGGUUUUGUGGUGGAAUGGAGACCUUUGCUACAAACAGACCUCUCGCUCACCCAGUUUGAAAUCGCCAACAGAAACCAGACGGGUCUUCUUAUAACAGGCAGCUUUGAGCCCUACAAGCCCUAUGGGAUCUCUGUGUAUCCUAGGUUUAAGGAUGGGAUAGGCCGUCCUCAGACUGUUAAUGCCUACUCGAAACAAAAGGCUCCAUCCAUGGUUCCAAAAAUACACAUUAAAAAGAGCUGGCAGUCAUAUGUUGAGCUCACCUGGGAUGAGAUACCAUUAGACCAAAGGAAUGGGAUUAUCCAGAGCUACAAAGUCUUCUACUGGAAUGAGGAAGGACCCAUUAACGUCGUGAAUGCUGACCCGGAGGAGAGGAGAGUGGUCCUGAAAGGCCUCAACACUGUGUUUCUGUAUGACGCUUUGAUGAUGGUCAGCACGUUUGGUGGGAGCCUGAACGGAUCAACAAUUCAUUUUAAAUUUGAUCCCUUUGAUGCUGUUGGUGUUGUGACGGUUGUAACUGUGUCCGGUGUCGGCCUGGCGUUGUUGGUCAUCUUAAUAGUCAUGACUUGUUUCUCCACUCACAGAAGGCUGAAGGGUCAUUUUUGGCCAACUGUUCCAGAUCCGGCUAAUAGCAGCAUCAAGAGAUGGACAUCAGAAUCAACACAGGAUUCCUAUCUUCCCUGGGACACUGAUGAGCCUGAUCCAAUGUACCUGUCCCAACUGAGCUUCCUGGACUUCCCUGUGAAUCUAAGCAAAGAGGACGAUGACCCGUGGUUGAGCAACACAGAGGACACCAGCGACCUGGGAGAGUCCAUUUGUGGUUCACCAUUCAUCAUCGGCUACAAUGGUUCAAACAGCGACUCUGUUCCUUACGCGACUGUGAUCUUCACCGCUCCAUGCAGCAGCCCUACAGUUAAAGACCAUGUGUACCUGCGCUCUGAGUCCACACAGCCCCUCCUGGAGACUGAAGAGUCCUUCAGUCCAAAGUGCUACCAGAAUGUCGCAGCUGAUGGGAUGCCAAAUGAGCAAUGUUUUUUUGGACCGUGCCAUGAUUGUGUACCUGAGAAAGGGGCAGACAUUUUGUGGGAGGAGUUUCCUUUUCUUCGAGCACUGAAUGAUAUCAUCAAUGAAUAAAAGUAUUUUUCCGAUUAUAAAUGUAGCCGCUUUGCAUCAUGUUCAUGUAGAUCUGAGUUUGUAAUGAGCUGAUUGUGAGACGUUGAUUGAGCAGAGCAUAAGGUUGUAAAUGCAUUCAAGAUCUGAUUCUAAAAUCACUUUGAAUAAAUGACGAUUAUGAUACUCUGUCUGUACCACACUUUGUAGAUAUGUCACCUUUUUAGAAAAUAAACUUUUUUACUGAAGAAA